AUGCGUAUACCUAGCGGUGCACCGGUACCAUUUUGGUUCAAUUUAUUGAAUCGUUUUAAAUUCACGAAAUAUUUUCGUAAACCACCACUCGGUAGCACUGCGGUUAUUGGAACAGUUCUUUUGACAUUUUUGUCCAUUGCUGCUGUUACUGUUUAUCCAAAGUCUAAUGCAGAUUCCUAUCGAAAAUUACAAAAGGAGAACUGGCAGUUAUUGAAUAUGAAUCGUGAAGAUGUUGCGCAAGGAAUGCGCCCAUGGUCUGAUCCAUUCGAUCGAAAAUAA